AUGGGUACCGGGAAGAAAGAGGCUACCCGGCGUGUUCGCCAGGGUAAGACCGGCGAUGGCAUGGCCAACGUCCAUACCAAGGGUGAAAACUUCUAUCGCGAUGCGAAGAGGGUCAAGCUCCUGAACAUGUACAAGGAGGGAAAGGCCCAGCGAAACGCUGAUGGUCAAAUCACAAAGGCUGCCACCUGGCAGUCCCGUGAUGUGCCCACCGCCGUCAUCGAGCCGAACCGCAAGUGGUUUUCCAACACGCGUGUCGUGUCCCAGGAUACCCUCACGGCCUUUCGCGAGGCCAUGGAGGAAAAGGCCAAGGACCCCUACCAGGUCCUGCUCAAGUCCAACAAGCUGCCCAUGACACUCAUCCGCGACGGCAAGGACACCAACGGCCUGAAGCAGCACAGGGCCAAGAUGACGCUGGAGACGGCGCCCUUUUCUGGUGUCUUUGGUCCCAAAUCUCAGAGAAAGCGAGUCAAGCUGGACGUUGCCAACCUCGAUGACCUUGCCGACGGCACCGAAAAGAGCAUGGACACGUACGAGGAGCGUCUCGAGCAGGCCAAGCUUCUCAGCGGCCAGUCCGGCAACGAGGAGGAUGGUAGCUUCGCCAUGGCCAUUGAGCCCGUCUUUGACAAGGGCCAGAGCAAGCGUAUCUGGAACGAACUGUACAAGGUUAUCGACUCGUCCGACGUUGUCAUCCACGUUCUCGACGCUCGUGACCCCAUCGGCACCCGAUGCCGCAGUGUUGAGAAGUACCUGCGCGAUGAGGCUCCUCACAAGCAUUUGAUCUUCGUCCUCAACAAGUGUGAUCUGGUCCCCACCGGCGUUUGCGCCGCUUGGGUUAGACAUCUCGGAAAGGAAUACCCCACACUGGCGUUUCAUGCCAACAUCAACAACUCUUUUGGCAAGGGCUCCCUCAUUCAGCUUCUACGCCAGUUCUCCGUUCUUCACUCGGACAGAAAGCAGAUUUCCGUCGGUCUCAUUGGUGGUCCCAACACUGGCAAGUCUUCCAUCAUCAAUACCCUGUUGAAGAAGAAGGUCUGCACUGUUGCCCCGAUUCCUGGCGAGACCAAGGUCUGGCAAUAUGUUACUCUGAUGAAGCGUAUUUACCUCAUCGAUUGUCCUGGUGUCGUUCCUCCCACCACCCAAGAUACUCCUACCGACCUUGUCCUCCGUGGUGUCGUCCGCGUCGAAAAGGUCGACAACCCUGAGCAGUACAUCACCGCCCUUCUGAGCAAGGUCAAGCGCCGCCACAUGGAGAAGACGUAUGACCUUACCAACUGGACCAAUGCGACCGAGUUGCUUGAGCUCCUAGCCCGCAAAGGUGGCCGUCUUCUUAAGGGUGGUGAGCCUGAUCUCGACGGUGUCGCCAAGAUGAUGCUCAACGACUUUAUGCGUGGCAGAAUUCCUUGGUUCACGCCCCCUCCUAUUCUCAACAAUGACGAGGGUGAGAUGAGAGCUGGCCGCCAGGGUCGUCUCGGUGAGAUGCCUAAGAAGCGCACUCAGACGGAAGCUUUCGACGAAGCUGCCGAGGCUCAGCUCCAGGAGGAAAAUGCAAAGGAGGGCAGUGAUGUCGAUGAUGAUGAUGACUCUUUUGAGGGCUUUGGUAGCGACACUGAUGGGCCUUCUCGCAAGGCUUCCUUUGGUGCUACUUCUGGUGCCGCCAGUGAGGAAAGCGAGGCCGAAGAAGAAGAGGCUGAGGUCGAGGAGGAAGUCGAAGAGGAGCCUGAGCCGGAGCCCCCUGUCCGUGUUACCCGCUCCAGCAAGCGUCUCAAGAAAUGA